UGUGUUUCAGAAGGUAGAAGUAAGGUUGUGUGUGUUUAUGUGUUUGUUUUUUCACUGUUAGCAACACAAAGAAAGGGUUUAUAAGCAAAUAAAAUAGCAAAAAGAAAACUUGCACAUAAAAACAGCAUGAGCAAGGAUGGCUGCUGUGUUUAUGCCAACAAACAUGGUGGGGAAAGCCAGAUCCUCCAAUUUCACUUUGUCUGAGAAGCUAGAUUUGUUGAAACUGGUGAAACCUCAUAUCAGGAUUCUGGAGGAGCACACCAACAAGCAUGCAGUAAUUGUGGACAAAAACAAGUGCUGGGACAGCAUUGCAGAGCAGUAUAAUGCUCUGGGGGGUGAUCGGCCACCUCGUACUGCACAAGGCCUGCGCACACUCUACAAAAGGCUAAAGGAAAGUGCCAAGCAAGAGAUGGUGCAGCGAAAGCAUGCCCAGCCAGAGUACAGGGGUAGUAUAUCUGAACCCACCAAGAGAGUAAUGGAGAUGAUCCCACACCUGUUCAGACCCCUGCAAGACAAGGAUCACAAUGUUUUACAAAGAACAAUCUACCAAAAUGAUUCUGCAGUUGAGCCACCAGGAAAUAGCUCUUCCUUACCAGCUGUUUCAGAUUUCCAAUCUGCCUCAGUCACUGUGAAGUUGGAUCAAGAAAUAGAUGUUAAGCCUCCCCCUGAACUAGCCAUCCUUUCAACUAGGGUUGAGGACAAUCAUGAUGAUUAUGACGAAAUAGAAUCUGUGCAAGGCUUUGAGGGAUCCAUCUCCCCCUGCCCAUCAUCCGUGAAUAUAGCAGUGACUAUGUCCCCUUCUCCUAUUCCUAUGAGAAGAGAUAUCUACUCUAGACCAGAAAGCAUGAGACAUUUGCCUGGCAUAGAACAAGAAACAUUGCAGCUGUCCAAGGAAGAACAUGAACUCAUAAUGGAAAAUCAAAGGAAAUUAGGCUUAUAUAUUGAGGAGAAACGAGAAGGACUGAAAAGAAAACAGCAACUGGAAGAGGAAUUGCUGAGGGCAAAAAUUAAAGUGGAGAAGUUAAAGGCAGCAAGACUCAGACAUGGCCUUCCAAUACCACAUAUGUGAAUUUUUUUCUCUGUCUAUACUGAAAUAUAUUAUAGCCUCAUCUCCGAAACAUUCAUGUAAAUGUUGAGCUGAAUGCAUUUUUAUAUUGAACCAAUCUUUAAAGACUAGCAUAAUAAAAAUUUUAUGGACUUAAUUAUUUUAUCUGCAUUGCUCUUUCUUUAAUGGAGACAUUAGUUCUAGAACAUUCAAACUGCACAUACAAAGUCUUAACAAUGCUUUAAAAACCAAGUGCCACUUAAUUUAUAAUGAAUCAAUAGCUAAUAUGUAUUUUGUAGUAAAGUAGCAAUGCAUAAAACACCCAAAUUAUGUAACUUAAGUUAAUGUUUUUUACAGCUUUUACAAUAAUUAAUUUCAUAAGUGUAUUUAUGAUGUUGCCUUCACGCUAGUUUAAAAAUAAAGGCACAGAAGUGUCAAAGCCAUGCUUUCCUAACCUAUAAUAUUUACUCUUUUGAUUUUGUGGUUUUAGAAAUACAGGCCAAACUAACAAUCAUCUGGCUUUUGCUAUGUUCUGAAAUAGAGAAGUCUACCCUCUGAUCCACACGCAGCAGGUUUUACUUUGUCAUUUUUGUUUAAUAACUUAAAUUUUUGUCUUUUAUUAUUUGGUUCUUACAUUAUGUAUUGUUGUGUAAAUGAAAAUCUUCUGUGUCAGAUAGUUUUUACAAUUUUCCAAAAGCACUCCUAAUAUACCCAAUCAAGCAGAAUGAUGUUUAACAAUUGAAAUUCCUUUUUUAAUUAUUUUCCUUAAUGUAUUUGUUUAUAUUUACACAGUACAGUACAUUGUAGGUUUGUAAAAUACUGUUAUACUUUAUUUGUAAUUUUUUGUGUAUGCAUUCUUAGUCUGCCCUCAUUAAAAAAUAAUUGGAUUGAAUUUUUUCAAAUGACUUUUUCAUUUACCCUGCAAUGGUUAUUUAUCUAUUUAAAUGAUGAAUGGUAAAACUUUAACUCGGUCAACUGGAGUUGCUGUGCUCUUGUCUGACACUCAGCAAUUUACACCAUUCAUUUACAGCGUAAAUUAUGUUACUUAGUAUUGAUGAGAAUCCUAUGCAUAUUAGCAGACAUGUGAGAAUGAGAUAGAUACAUUAAAGUUAAUCAAGGUGCAGUCUGUGAUUUUAAUCUUUUUUCCUCAUUUUAUUACAUUUCAGACAAAAAAUAAACUUAUAAAAAAUAAGACUAAAAACAAGUAAGGUUAGUUUAAAUUAAAGUAAUUAAAUAGUGCUCUUCAUAAUUAGUUUUAAAGGUGAACUAUAG